CUCUGUAUCCUCAACUUUUUACUCUUUCUUCAACAAACUUUCAUUCAUAAAUUUCCCAUACUUCAACUCUUUCUCUACAAACAAAACACAACACAUUCAUGGCUUAUAAUCAAGAAGAGCAAAAUCAAGUUCAGUAUCCUUUAGACUCCACAUGCUAUAGAAUUCUCGAUGAAAUUGGUCGAGGUGUUAGUGCUAUUGUGUACAAAGCCAUAUGUAUUCCUAUGAAUUCAUCCGUCGUAGCAAUCAAAGCUAUUGAUCUUGAUCAAUCAAGAGCUGAUCUCGACAACAUUAGACGCGAAGCCAAGACAAUGUCCCUUCUUUCUCAUCCAAAUAUCCUUAAAGCACAUUGUUCUUUUACUGUCGAUCGUUGUCUUUGGGUUAUCAUGCCUUUUAUGUCUGCAGGUUCUCUUCAAUCCAUCAUUUCCUCUGCUUUCCCUGAUGGUUUAUCUGAGCCCUGUAUCGCGAUCGUCCUCAAAGAGACGCUCAAUGCAUUAGCCUACCUUCACAAUCAAGGCCACCUUCACCGCGAUAUUAAAGCAGGAAACAUUCUUAUAGAUUCUGAUGGAACUAUAAAACUCGCGGAUUUUGGAGUUUCUGCAUCAAUUUUCGAGCCAAUUUCAGGUUAUGGAUCGUCCUUUUCUUCCUCAUCUUCGUGUUUAAUGUUCACCGAUGUAGCUGGAACUCCGUAUUGGAUGGCACCUGAAGUGAUACAUUCACAUACAGGGUACAGUUUUAAGGCUGAUAUUUGGUCUUUUGGUAUUACUGCUCUUGAAUUAGCACAUGGAAGACCUCCCCUGUCUCAUCUCCCUCCUUCAAAAUCCUUGUUCAUGAAAAUCACUAAACGAUUUCGAUUUUCUGAUUAUGAGAAAACAAAAAACACCAAGAAAUUCUCAAAGGGUUUUAAGGAUAUGGUAGGAUUAUGUCUUGAUCAAGAUCCAUUCAGAAGGCCAACAGCAGAGAAACUAUUAAAGCAUCCAUUCUUUAAAAGCUGUAAUAAAGGCCCUGAUUUUCUUGUUAAGCAUGUUUUGCAGGGCUUGCCAAGUGUGGAACAGAGGUUUAAACAAGUAAAGAUUCACAGACUUUUGUCCUCAAAGAAAUCUGAUGGAGACGACGACGAUGAUGAUCCAGAAAAUGGAGAAAUUUCUAAACAAAGAAGGAUCAGUGGAUGGAAUUUCAACGUGGAUGGGUUCGAACUUGAUCCAGUACUUUUCACAACUGAAAAAGAUCAAGAUAUUAGUAGCCUAAAGCCAAAUUAUGUCGAUGAUGUGGUGAAACAAGUCGAUGUAUCAGAAUUGUUUUCUGAUACAUCGACUAUAAGUUCACCAGGAGGUUCACGACAAUCGUCUGAGGUCGAAGGGGUUGCUAUGAAUUGUAGUGGAGAUAGAAGAAUUGGAGGUGAAAGUGUUAGUAGGGAAGUAAUGUUGGCUAGCUUAUUGUUUUUGAAGAAGAGUUUGGAUGAUCAAAGACAAAAUGUAAUGAAUUUGAUAAGCAUUUUUCAUGGGGAACAACAUGUUGUGGAUGUGAAUAAAAAAGACAAUUUGAUUGAGGUGAUUGAUAAGUUGAGAAAUGAAGUUGAGAAUGAGAAGAAGAAAAAUUCUACUUUGCAGCUUGAGAUAGAGUUUCUCAAGUCCCACUAUUCCAAUGAGUAGUAGAAGAAGAACUUAUAUAUCUAUUGUAUUCCUAGAAAUUUUUAUUAUUAUAAGCGUUCAAUGUGUUUUGUGUUAUGUCUUAGUAGAAUUUUCACCAAUCCGCUAAUAACAUUACUGAUUUGUCCCUCCAAAAUACAACAGCUCAAGAAUGUGUACACUGAAACAUUCUUCCCGUCUUUACUACAGAUCAAAUCACAAGAUCUUUGUAUAUAUGAGCUGAGGAGCUAUAUCUCCCGGAAUCUGUCCAAAAGUCCUCACUUUUUCGAGGCAGGGCUUCGAUCUAUAUCUGGCCAACUCCUCGAACUACUGGGUGCGGCAUAUUCAUGGACUGGCAAAGUGAACUCUCAAAUUUGAUCAAGAGAGCCUAGGGAGCACUGGAAGACACUCAGGACUAUAGCAUGUCGUGAAAGAAGCACACUGCUUUGACCGUGUCUACGGGGCCUAACAUGAAAGAGCCUUCUCUAGUAGCAGCACUAUACCUUAGUAUCUCUCUCGCAUCUAGUCUAAUAUAAAACGUAGUUAACUCCAGAGUCCAUGUCCAUCAAUAAAAACACCUUGUUUGAGCGAUGA